AUGCUACUCUACAACGCUGUUCCUAUCAUUUUUUGUUUGGCCCUGAGGGCCGAAGCAGGCAGAGAUAUUGGAACCGAGACCGCGACGGUUUCGAAUCUUCCCAGAAACGCAGAACAGGAGAAAGCGAAUGCAGCUAUUUCCAAGCAGCCAGCAAUCCUUGGACACCCAAUAAGUGGUCAUGCCGCAUAUGACGUGGGGUUGAUGGGGGGCGAAAACAAAUCUGGAGAGAAAUCAGUAUUUAAGAGCAAGAACAAAAGCACCGCUGAGCACGAUAUUCUUUUCAAAAGAAAAGUAGUUCCCAAGAAGGCCACGCCGAAGCCAGCACCCAAGAAGCCAGCACCCAAGAAGCCAGCACCCAAGAAGCCAGCACCCAAGAAGCCAGCACCCAAGAAACCAGCACCCAAGAAACCAGCACCCAAGAAACCAGCACCCAAGCCAGUAGCUAAGAAGCCAGCACCCAAGAAACCAGUACCUAAGAACAUCAAACCGGCAGCAAAGCCAGUACCCAAGAACAUCAAACCGGCAGCAAAGCCAGUACCAAAGAAACCGGCACCCAAGCCGGUAGCUAAGAAGCCAGCAGCCAAGAAACCAGUACCUAAGAACAUCAAACCGGCUGCAAAGCCAGUACCCAAGAAGCCAGCACCGAAGAAGCCGGCGGCUAAGAAAUCAGCACCCAAAAAGCCAACGCCUAAACAGCCAGCAGCCAAGAAGCCAAUACCCAAGAAACCAGCAGCCCAGAAAUCAGCAGUCAAGAAACCAGCGGCCAAGAAGCCACCAGCUAAGAACACCAAACCGGCAGCUAAGAAACCAGUACCAAAGAAGCCAGCAGCUAAGAAACCAGUACCAAAGAAGCCAGCAGCUAAGAACAUCAAGUCGCCAGCUAAGAAACCAGUAGCCAAGAAACCGGCAGCCCAGAAAUCAGCAGCCAAGAAACCAGUGACAAAGAAGCCAGCACUAAAGAAGCCAGCACCAAAGAAGAAGAAGCCAGCACCAAAGAAGCCAGCACCAAAGAAGCCAGCACCAAAGAAGCCAGCACCAAGGAAGCCAGCACCAAAGAACACCAAACCGGCAGCCAAGAAGCCAGCAGCCAGGACGCCGGCAGCCAAGAAACCAGCACCUAAGAAGCCCACACAAAAACCGGCAUCUAAGAAGGCUACUCCUGAGAAACCAGUACUACAGAAAGCCGCCUCCAAGAAAGUUGGCAGCAAGAAACCGGUUUUAAAGAAGGCCACAUUGAAACCAACAACUAAAAAGGCCACUUCGGCAAAGGCUUCUUCUAAGAAAUCAGUAGCCAAGAAGGCCACGCCGAAGGCAGCCCCGAAGACAGCGUCAAACAAGGCUGGCAAAAAGUCGAACCCAAAGAAGGCAGGUGGAAGGAAGGAUGCUCCCAAUACGGCCCGGUCCACGGGAAAGAACCCUACCAGUGGCAGACCCAGGCAGGUGGUGAAGACUCACAGCAGAGUUGCUUCCAAGGGCCGAACUAGUCCCGCGGGGAAAGCUACCUCUGCAAAAAGGAAUCGUGCCAAGAACAAGGCUAUCUCUAAGAGCAACAACGCACCAAGCAAGCCCGCCUCGAAGAACAAGGCCUCAAACAAGAGUAGCUCUCGGCCAAAGAGCAAAGGGGCUUCUAAGGCCAAGUCAAGUCACAAGGGGAAAGCCGCUAGCAAGGGAAAUUCCAUUCACAGAGGAAAGGCUCCUUCUAAAGCGAAAGAUAAGGGCAAGGCGAUUCCAAAGUCUAAAGGUGCUGCGAAGGGAAAGCCUAUCAACAAAGCAAAGGCUGGUAAAAAAACCAAGACUGCUGGUAAGGGGAAGUCUGCCCGCAGAGGAAAGGCCGUUUCUAAGACGAAACCUAACCGCAAGGGAAAAGCCACUUCGAAGCGGAGAUCGCGUCACAAAGGAAAGACUAUUCCUACAGCCAACUCAAAAGCAACCACCAAAAAGAAAUCCGGUCAUAAAGGCAACCCUGCAUCCAAAGCCAAGGCUGGACACAAAAUCAAGGAUGAUGCGAAGGAAAAGCCUGACCAUCCCACGGUUGAUAUUCACAAACUAAGUCCCAACACUUCCAACCCCGCAUCGGCUAAGGCUGGCCCUGCAUUGAAAUGCCGGGACCUGACAGCAUGCAGCUAUGGCGAAUCACCCCGCCCAACAAAUGAUGGGAAAUUGAUAGCCACUGAUGAUCCGAAGGUCCCUUUGAAGGACAUCAAAGACCGGCCAAAUAAUGUCAAAAAUUAUGUUGAUCCUGGGCAACACGCCAUGUACCUUGCUUCUUGGCCGAACGUACAUGAACCUCUCCCGGCAGGUACAAAAUAUAUCACCAUCAAGAUGGGAGACGGCGAUGAACAAAGACAUGGUAAGUAUGACACACAUUCUGGAAGCUAUUCUUGGGCUCUCAGCAAGAACCAAGAUCCAUCAGAUAUACAGAAGCAAAAACACUACAAGGCCCAAGUGGAACAAGCGAAGAAGGAUGGAAAAAAGCCACCAAAACCUAUUCCCGAAAUGAGUGUACCAGAUGAUGAGCGCAAAGGAAGGCCGGGCGAGAGGGAGGAAUACAAAAUAUUUGGGUCUAACAAGCUGGCAACACCAAAGGGAGAGCUGGGAUGGACUGAGAAGCAUGACAUUUGGCCCAAGACAGAAGCAGAGCUUGAGAGGCAAGAUAAGGAACAAGGGAUAUUUGGACCGCAUCCGAGGCCCAUUACCGCACAGCAGAUGGCAGACGGCAUAGCAAGAGCCCAGGAUCAUAUCAAGAAUCAUGCAUCUGAGGCGGACGGGACAGAAUUCAGACAUGAGAUGAAUAACAUUAAGUGGCUGACCAACCACGCAAGAGUCCGAAAACAAAGGCCUUAUCAACGAAGUCUUAAGAAUGAAGCCUAG